AUGUCUUUCUCCGACGAAGACGAAGACGAAGACUCCGCUGCAAUGGCAGCGGCAAUGGGGUUCUCCUCCUUUGGGGCGUCGAUCCCUGCGAAAAAGAAGCGUAAAUUCAACCCAGCAACGGACGCCUUUGUUUCAGGACAGGAGUUAGCUGCGCUGGAUCGCGGAGGCAAGAAGGGGAAAGGGAGUGGUGGGAAUACAGUUGCGUUGGGGAAGAUCAGGACCUUUGGCUCCGGAGCAGAAAUCGAGAAGGGAUUGAACGAGGCCGAGAUUGACCUUGGCGAUGACAAUAAUGAAGGAGGCGAGAGUGAAGGGCAACACGGAAGACAUGGAGAUAUAAAUAUGCAUAGUCUCAGGGAGGGAGACCCAGAUGAUGAUGUGGAUGAUGGCCCAAAUUACAUGGAUACGAGCCAGCCGCCUCCUGCAGCUGUGGAAACAGAAGCGCAAACGGACGAAGAUAAAGAAAUGCAGGCUAGAAUUGAUGCCAUUCUUGCAUCUGUCCCUCCACCUCCUCCAGGAUCUAGUGAAGAAGUACCGAGGCUCCAAACCCCAGCGGCGCCAGGGCAACUUCAUCCUCCUCCAUACAACCUCCCGCAGCGCCCGCCUCCACCACCAGUUGGGGGACUAGGGUACACCGACACGGCGUUCAUGCAAGGUCGUUUUGAUCCACCUCCUCCGGGUGUGGGGUCAAGGGGUGGUGAUUCUGCCUCCGUUACUAGUUCAAGAGGUAGAGGUGGCGGAAGAGGGGGAGGGAGGGGAGGCCCAGAGCGGAAUGAGAGGUGGUAUGAAGGUUACUAUGACCCGGGGUUUAAUGAAAACCCAUGGGAUCUGUUGGAGAAAGAGAGGGGGUUACAGCCUGUGGGAAGCUGGCUGCAGCGAGGGCAUUGGAGUGCGGAGAGAAGGAAGGCUGAGAGCACUUGA